AUGAUUAACUCUUAAUCAGUGCCUAAUCUUUAAAAUUCAAGUGCAUAACCAAUAAGUGAACCAACUUUGGAGUAAAUUAAUAAAAAGUAGUAUGGAGAUACUUUGCGAUAGUAAAUUGAAUAAAAGAAGAUAAGAGAAACGACUUAUGGUUAUUAAUUUUAAGUUAUUAGCUAGGAAUUAUAAUUGUAAAAUCAACUAAAUGGUUAAGCAAGAGGAGGAGGAGGUGCUCCAUUACGAGAUUUUUAUGGAAAUAUAACUACAACCAGAAGAAAUCCUAUGGACCCUAAUUCGUCAUCAGCUUAAAUUUUCGGUCAAUCUAAUUCAUCUGUUUAAUUCAAUUAACCGGAUUAUUUAAGUGCUAGUCAAUUACCUAUUUAAACACAAAGACUAGUAACUACAAACCAAAGUAUGAUAAAUCUGCCCACUUAAAAUAAUAGUAUGAAUCAAAGUUAAUUAAGUCAAAUUGGAGAAUAGAUAGCUUAGGCAGAAAAAAAAUAAAAAUAAUUUGUUUUAUAAAGAGAAUUACUAACAUAAAUUGAAAUAGCAGAGAAAAAGAAGUAAGAAGAGAAAUAAAGAAUAAAGAGAGACAAAGAAUUAGAUGACUUAAGAAUAUUAAGAGAAAGGGAAGAAAUAGAAAGAAGAAUGAAAGAUGAAUUUGGAAUUGAUAAAUUGGAAAAAAGAAAUCUUCAAUAAUCAAAUUUUGAUGUUGAUGGUUUAAAAGCAUUAAAAAGGUUGGAAAUGUUAAGAUACUAAAACGAAUUAAUUGAAUAACAAAAUAGAAAAAAUGCUAAAACAGGAGUCAGACAAAGAACUCCUGUUUAAGAAGCUGAAAAAGCUUAUAGAGACUAAAAGAAUGACAUCCUGCAGUCUAGAAUCGAAUAGAGAAUUAUCAAAGAGUUACCUAUUGAAGUUGAAAAGACUGUGAGAGAUACAGUAAAUGUUGAAUUACAUAGAUUGAGAUAAGAAAUGAAUCUUCAAACUAAUUAAGUAUCUGAAUAGGUAGUUUCAUUAAAGAGUCAAUUAAUGAAAGCAAACGAAUAGAGACACUAUAACGAAGAAUAAAUCAGAAAACUAAAAGAAGAACUAAGAUCAACCUAAAUCAUUGAUGAAAUUCGAUAAAGAGAAUUAUAUUAAGCAUUUCAGAAUUAAGAAAGGACUAGAUAAAUAAUAGAAACAGCUUAAAGAUAAAAAACACCAGAUGCAAUAAAAUAUGCAUUUCCAAGAAGAUAAAAAUUAAAUUCCAACCCAUACGACCCAUUCCUAGGAAGUAACGAAGAUGUCAAUAAAGAUUUAUAUGAAAUAAUCACAGACAAUACUUAAAUUGGUCCUGCAUCUUAAGAUUUUUAAAAAGGAUAUAAUCUAUAAACAAAAGAGAAGAAUUAAGAUCAAAGACUAUAAACUGAAGAAGACCAUACAAUAAUUAAUCAUAGAAUGGGCUCAGAAAUAAGGCAUAAUGAGUUUGAUUUACCUGAAGAUUAUCUAAAUCGUUAAUAAUUGUAUAUUGCUAAAAGUUAUUUGGAUUCUAAGCCUGUUAAUAAUUAUGAUUAUACAAAAAUAGAAAAUAAUUCAAUUAUUCCAAAAUCAGAUUAUGUUUCUUUGAUUAGUAAUACCCAUCCUUAUUACAUGCAAGAAUAGGAUGAAGUUAAAGAUGUAAUUUAAAGAUAUUCUAAUAAACUUGAUAGAUUAGAAGAUAUAGAUCUUUUAUAAUAAAAGAGAGACUUUAAUCAAAUGGACUAUGCAUUAUAAGAUUUAUUGGAUUAGUAAAGUAAUAAAAUAAAUAAACAUGAAUAUAUCAAUGACCCUAUUGAAUAUAAUGAUUAUUAUUCAACUGAUUACUAAGAAACAAAUUUUUAUAAUAAAAUGAAUAAAUUAUCUUGA